GUGAGGACUGAAUCAACAAGUGUUUGUGACAUGACAUGAUUGGUUGCUGUGUUGACUGAAAUUGUGAGAACAGUCAGAUGGAUUCGAUUAAUGUGCUCAUUUAAACGUUUGAACGGGGAUGUCAGAGAAAUAUAGCUCUAACACCGGAAGCUGUGAAUGUGUUUUCCGGAAGGCUCGAGACUCUCAAAUCGCCUUAUGGUUGUUUAGACAUCAACGCUUUUCCAUGUCGGUUGGAAUUUGCUUGUCUAAACGCGAAAAACGUACAAAGACGGAAUUGUUGAAGAUUAUUUUUUACCGAUCAUAAUUUGCCCCCCAACCCCCAAAAGACGCCUGGUUCUGCUUCCACAUAAGAGACAUACUUUCCCCCGGUUCCGUGAGAAAGUUGUUGCUGUCAUCCUUCGACAGUUGUUAUCUUCUAGCUGUUUGGUUUAAGGAGAAGCUGCAACAAUGCCGAAACCGAUUAAUGUCCGUGUGACCACCAUGGAUGCUGAGCUGGAGUUUGCUAUUCAGCCAAACACCACUGGAAAGCAGCUUUUUGAUCAGGUGGUGAAAACGGUGGGGCUACGGGAGGUUUGGUUCUUUGGCCUCCAAUAUGUGGACAGUAAGGGCUACAUCACUUGGCUCAAACUUAAUAAAAAGGUGACCCAACAAGAUGUAAAGAAAGAGAACCCACUGCAGUUCAAGUUCCGAGCAAAGUUCUUCCCUGAAGAUGUUUCAGAAGAGCUCAUCCAGGACAUUACUCAGAAACUCUUCUUCCUACAGGUAAAAGAGGCCAUUUUGAACGAUGAGAACUAUUGUCCACCGGAAACAGCUGUGUUGCUCGCGUCAUACGCCGUCCAGUCUAAAUAUGGAGACUACAUCAUGGACGUCCACAAGUCUGGAUACCUCACACAUGACCGACUGCUACCUCAGAGAGUGCUGGAGCAGCACAAGCUGACCAAGGAGCAGUGGGAAGACAGAAUCCAGACUUGGCAUGAAGAACACAGAGGAAUGCUCAGAGAGGACUCCAUGAUGGAGUAUUUAAAAAUAGCCCAGGACUUGGAGAUGUACGGCGUCAACUACUUUGAGAUAAAAAACAAGAAGGGUACAGAGCUGUGGCUGGGUGUGGACGCACUCGGACUUAACAUCUACGAGCAUGAAGACAAGUUGACACCAAAGAUUGGCUUCCCCUGGAGCGAGAUUCGAAACAUCUCCUUUAGCGACAAGAAGUUUGUCAUCAAACCCAUUGACAAGAAAGCCCCUGACUUUGUGUUUUACGCUCCACGACUGCGCAUCAACAAGCGCAUAUUGGCGCUGUGUAUGGGCAACCACGAGCUGUAUAUGAGGAGAAGGAAACCUGACACCAUCGAGGUGCAGCAGAUGAAGGCUCAUGCUCGUGAAGAGAAACAUCACAAGCAGAUGGAGAGGGCACAGCUGGAGAGCGAGAAGAAGAAACGAGAGGCUGCAGAGAAAGAUAAGGAAAGGAUUGAGCGCGAAAAGGACGAGCUCAUGGAGAGGCUGAGACAAAUUGAAGAGCAGACCACCAGAGCCCAAAAAGAGCUUGAAGAGCAGACUCGCCGGGCCAUGGAGCUUGAGCAAGAGAGGAGGAAGGCGCGGGAGGAGGCGCUGAGGUUGGACAAGGAGAGACAGGCGGCCGAGGAGGCCAAAAACGACCUGGCCCAACAGGCGGCAGACCAACAGAAGAACCAGGAGCAAUUGGCCGCGGAGCUAGCUGAAUUCACAGCCAGGAUCGCUCUGCUGGAAGAAGCCAAGAAGAAGAAGGAAGACGAGGCCACGGAAUGGCAACACAAGGCUCUGUCAGCCCAGGAGGACCUGGAGAAGACCAAAGAAGAGCUGAAAACGGCCAUCAACGUGCCGCUGCACCCGCGUGAACACGACUACCAUGACGAGAACCACGCAGAGGCCAGCGCCGAGCUGUCCAACGAGGGCGUCAGCCACCUAGAUCUACGCAGCGAGGAGGCUCGCAUUACCGAAGCCCAGAAGAACGAGCGUGUCAAGAAACAGCUGCAGACUUUAAGUUCUGAGUUGGCCGAAGCCAGAGACGAAACUAAGAAGACUCCAAAUGACGUCCUGCACGCUGAGAACGUAAAGGCGGGCCGGGACAAGUACAAAACCCUGCGUCAGAUCCGGCAAGGCAAUACCAAGCAGCGCAUCGAUGAGUUCGAGUCCAUGUGAGGAGUAGAAACCCCAGCCCCCUGAUGUUCCCCUAAGCGCUCCCAUCAUGGCUUGCCCUCUCAAGGAUAACUGAUGCAGCUGCCCUAUAGUCCCCCUUCAACAAAAUGUUGACUUUUUGCUCUUGCCAGCCUGCCAAAAUUGUGCUCCUGUCGGGACAUCUACCCAAUGUGGGGAAAUGACACUGUCACACCAAAGAGGAACACACUGGGUUGCUUGCUGCCGAAACUCCGAAACAGUUACAGUUCUUUGAUCUCAUGUCUUCAGUUCAAUAGGCUAGUUCUGUUAUAAGCGCUACUUUUGUUUGGUAUUAUCGCUAACGCCUUGUUUUUAGUCCUCCGUCCCACACUUCCAAAGUGAAGCAACGUGUGGUCACGUCAUCGUAUUUCGUUUAAAAAUGUUCUGCAGUAUUUUGUUUCAUUUCAAACUGGAGUUGUCGUGGAGACUUGGUAGAUUACUUUUCCAAUUUUGUUGGGAAAAGACACACCCAGCCUGUUGCUUUCAGGUGUUUAUAGAUGAAUGUAGCAAAGACGACAAAGGGAAACUGUUGCACAAAUGAGCCUCCAGCUUGAAAGUGUUAGCAACACAAGCUAUUUGAUGGUUGCGUCACAGUGUUUUGUAAGCAGGCUCCCUAGGGUGGUUCACUCCAAAAAUAUGAUUGACUUUCAACUCAGCUUGACACAAGUAGGGAGAUUUCUACUUUAAUUUGCAAGAUUCACAAAGGUGCAUAUUUGUAUUUUAACCUUUGUGCUUACCUGUUACAAUGGGAGGAUUAAAGAAAUGCUCCCAGUUUGAUUUCCAGGGUUAACAUCCUCUGCAUAGACUAAGUGCUGUGCACAUUUAAAAUUAAUAUCAUUAACUUUUUAUUUUUCAAUGAACAAAACAAGAUUGUUGUAUUAACAUAAAGUGCAUAUUGGUUAUGUUAUACUUGACAGCUGGUGCAGGUUUUCAUUUUUAGUCGUUGGUGAUUUUAAAGCGCUUGCCUGCUCUUUUUGUUUAAAGUGUUUGCCAUAGCAGGAAGAAGAAAUAGUACAUGCUGCCUGACUAUUUUUGAGUUGCAUUCAUGAAGCCUGAACCUGCCAUUCAUUUCCAUUGGGAAGGGGGUGGGUGGGGGGGCACAUCUCAAGGUACUUGUUCUUUGGCCUGUUCUACCAAGCAAGCUUGUGUAUGAUGUUUUGGCACCAGCUGUCACAGUGUACUGCUAUUUUGUUCAUUUCAGAGUCUGUAUGUUAGGAUUGUUUGAUAUAUGGUUUGCAAACCUUUGGGUUUAAUCACCAAUAAAAUGUUUUAAAUUUA